AAACCCCAAAACACAUCAGCCAGCCAGCCAGUUCAGUUCGCUCGCAGCAGCAGCAGUUUCUUCGCAAUCGAAUCGAAAAAUCCGAAAAAAAAGAAAAAAGGCCAACUCAGGAGGAGAGGAAAAAAGUUAAUCAUUUUUGCGAGGCUAGACUGCUGCAGCCGCGAAGAAAGAGAGUGUCGAAAAGUGCACCCGAUAGUGGUGGAAGGAAGAAAUCUGGUCGAAAUUAUCAAAUUAAGAAGAACGGGUGUUUGGAGCUCUUAAUUGCACGGCAGCUCCCCAGAAAACAGGCCAACCCUCUUCGUUCCGUUUUGGGGGAGUGGAGCCAAGGAGGAGAAGAAGCAAGAGUGUUCAAGAGUGGCUACUUUGUUGAAAUUUCCGGAGAAGGAACGACGGGAAAAGUGAAGUGAUCAAGGGCAAAUCUCGUUCUGCGCGAAUUCCGGAGCUCCCCUGCUUGCGUAGUCCAGACACGGUUCACACCCGCGGGACAUCCCCCCGAGAAAGCUGCUGCUGCUCCAACAGGAGGCCUGGAGGCGCGGAGGAGCCGGCGGAGGGUCGGAAAAAAAUGUUGACAGAAUGGCCCACGCGUCCACGAGCAGUUUACUGAGUUCCGGAAUCUCGCGCCGCAACCCGGAGGACGAGUACGAGCUGAUCCACAAGAUCGGCUCCGGCACGUACGGCGAUGUGUACAAGGCCAAGAAGAUCCAAUCGAACGAACUAGCGGCGAUCAAGGUGAUCAAGCUCGAGCCGGGCGAUGACAUCCAGAUCAUCCAGCAGGAGAUCGUGAUGAUGCGGGACUGCCGCCACCCGAACAUCAUCUCGUACUAUGGGUCGUACCUGCGCCACGACAAGCUGUGGAUCUGCAUGGAGUUUUGCGGCGGCGGCAGCCUGCAGGACAUCUACCAGGUAACGGGCCCGCUGACGGAGGUGCAGAUCGCGUACAUGUGCCGCGAGACGCUGCUCGGGUUGUCCUAUCUGCACUCGAUGGGCAAGAUCCACCGCGACAUCAAGGGGGCGAACAUUCUGCUCACGGAGAAGGGCGACGUCAAGCUGGCGGACUUUGGCGUGUCGGCGCAGAUCACGGCGACGAUCAACAAGCGGCGGAGCUUCAUUGGCACUCCUUACUGGAUGGCACCAGAAGUGGCAGCUGUUGAGCGUAAGGGUGGCUACAACCACCUGUGUGAUAUCUGGGCGUGCGGCAUUACGGCAAUCGAACUCGCCGAGCUGCAGCCGCCUAUGUUCGACCUGCACCCGAUGCGGGCGCUCUUCCUGAUGUCCAAGAGUGGCUUCAAGCCGCCCACCCUCAAGGACAAGGAACGCUGGAGCACCAACUUUCACUCCUUUCUGAAGGUGGCGCUCACGAAGAACCCCAAGAAGCGACCGACGGCCGAGCGGUUGCUGCAGCAUGCCUUCUUCCAGUCGGAGAUGUCGGUGCGGUUGGCGAUGGAGCUGCUGCAGAAGUAUCACAGCCCGCACCAGAGCUACUUCUACCACGACGUGGAGGAGGAGGGGGUGAGUUUGGCCGUCGCGAUUGGACCACAAAGAAUUACGAGUAAACUGCAGUCGACUAGUCCGCUGUACAUGUGCAAGCCUUUGAUGGAAAAUGAACGAUCAUCUAGUCCAGAAACUUUACCUAGUGAUAUGAGUCUAUUGCAUUAUAUAGACGAGGAGUUGAAGUUAAGGCGAACGCUCCCGCUGUCGAACAACCCGAACGAGUCGGCGCUGUCGAGUAUCGAAGAGUGCUCCUGCUCGGGCCCCGGCGACGGGUACGAAAACGGGGGCCGGGACGAUUCCACGCUCAGCUAUGCCGACAUUGACAACCUGAACGCUCGCUUCGAGAAGCUGAAUGCGCAGCAAAACGGAUCGAACGAGGAGGAAAGCAAGCGACGGUCGAUGGACCAACUGACGGGAUUGUUCAACGAUCUUGAAAAGUCUUCCAGGCAGCGUAGUUUGAGCGACGGCGACGGUAACAAUGAGAAUGAUACCCAGCCGGACCUGCUGAACAAUACGCCGCCGGUACCGCCGAAGCGUAGUCACCGAAGCCGGCGGCACACCCCGCCUCGACCGGUUUCCAACGGGUUACCACCGACGCCCAAGGUCCUCAUGGGAGCGUGCUUCUCAAAGGUGUUCAACGCGUGUCCGCUGCACAUCCACUGUACCGCUUCGUGGAUCCAUCCGGACACGCGCGACCAGCACCUGAUGAUCGGCGCCGAGGAGGGCAUCUUCAACCUGAACAUGAACGAGCUGCACGACGCCGCGAUCGAGCAGCUGUACCCGCGGCGGACGGUGUGGCUGUACGUGAUCAAGGACAUCCUGAUGUCACUGUCCGGCAAGCAGGGCCAAUCGCAGCUGUACCGGCACGACCUGAUGGCGCUACAUUCCAAGCAGUCGCACCGCUUCUCGCUGCACAUGAAAAAGAUCCCGGAGAAGCUGGUUCCGCGCAAGUUUGCCCUCACGACCAAGGUGCCGGACACCAAGGGGUGCACGCAGUGCUGCGUCACGCGCAAUCCGUAUAACGGGUACAAGUAUCUGUGCGGGUCGCUGUCCAGCGGGAUCUUCCUGAUGCAAUGGUACGACCCGCUCAACAAGUUUAUGCUGCUGAAGCAGUGCGACUGGCCGUCAGGCAACCUGCAGUACCACGGCGUCAACUCGAACGUGUUCGAGAUGAUCAUCACGCCCGAGCUGGAGUACCCGAUCGUGUGCGUGAACGUGCGGCGGGGGCAGAGCGCCAGCCUAAAGCUGGACCUAAUCAACACGAACAACUCAUCGAGUUGGUUCAACACGUCGGCGGAGGAGAUGGACGGCAUGGCGACCGUGAUCAACCGGAGGGACACUCUACGACCAAUUAAAGUGCAUCAGAUCGAGCGGGACGCCAUUCUAGUGUGUUACGAUAACGUCGUACAGAUUGUAGAUAUUAUGGGGGCGCCCAAGCAGAGUAAAAAGUACGUCUCGCGGUUGGAGUUUAGCUUUAACAUUGACAGUAUAGUGUGUCUCACGGACAGUGUGUUGGUGUUUCACAAGAACGGCAUGCAGGGCAGAUCGUUGCGGAACGGCGAGAUUACGCAGGAGAUUACGGACAGCAGCCGGGUGUACGAGCUGAUCAGCAGCGACAACCGCGUGGUCAUGCUGCAGAGUCGCAUCCUGCGGUCUGAACCGGUCGAGGGUCCCAGCGAGGAGGGCCACGAUUUGUACGUGGUGGCCGGUCACGAGGCCAGCUAUUGAGUGUGAGUGUGAUAAAAACAAAAACAACAACAAUAAGCGACGCACUAACUGGAAGCGGAACAAGUAUUGAAAGAAAGAAAGAAAAAAAAAUCGUUGUAGCAUAAAGGAAAUUUAAUUAAUCUAACUAAAAACAAACACACACACACACGGUAGAGAGAGUGGAACGCGAGAAAAAAAAAAAAAAUACAGUGACACGGAUUAAGCGAACAAAUGGGUCGAAACAAAUUUGUAAAGUGUAAGCAUGUGUGCAUCGUGGGAAAGAAUGAGUAUUGAGCAAGUUAUAUUAGAUAUAUUAAAUAUAUCUCUUUAUAAAAACAACUUAUAUAUAACCUAGAUUGAUUGAACCGUAAGAGAAAACAAAUUAAUAGGCAAAAUAAUGCAUUCAAUUUAACUAAAUCCAACGUUCACAAAAGAUUCCUGAACCCUGGAAGAGCUAGGUAUUUAUAAAGUUGUAGUUUUAUUUCAUUCAAAAAUUUGCGUAUGUGUCAGGAUCUAACCCCGCAGGAACGAUAUGAUAGUCCUUGUAUGAUAACGUAAUAUUUUAGCCGGUCAACGUUUCGUUCGAAGGUUUCAGACUAUUUGUUUUUGAGUUAGUUCUCUUGAAAUUUGAAUGUAGUUUUUUCUCUGUACUAAAAAUUUUGCGUACUUUUUUUUUCGUUCAAACUUUCCUUAACGUAAAUCAAGAUUAUUUGGAAGGCUAGCUUUGCAAUCACAAAUCCGUACUAGAAGCAAGCAAGAAUCGAAAUUAUAAUAACAAAAUCGUAAUUCCAGAUUAAACAUAGACACAGAUUGAUAUUUUAAUAUGACUUUUCUUGGAAAAACUAGAACAAAAAAACAUACAACCAAGCAUAAACAAACCGAGAAAUAGAAGGAAAGAAACACUGACAUAUGGAAAACGAUAUAUUUUCUAUCAUUUAACGAUGAACUUUGCUGAAACAUAAACAAAAUCCAUAUUUCUCUCUGUGUCGACAAAUAAAAAUAGCUAAGUCAAACAAAGCAAAAUAAGCAACCUGUAGAAAUCAUGUACGGAACAAAACAUUUAAAAAACAAAACUAUAGCAAUAGACUCGACUAAAUAUGGCAACAAGAACCACUGUGAAGAGAAAAGAAAAAAAAAACUCACCCAUGGCAUUUAUUUUUUGAAGUCAGUUUACAGAAGUGGCGAGUGGCGAGCGCAGCGAUUGGAAAUUUUGCGAGGAAAUCUCUUUUAACGCAAAAUUUCCAAACAAUGCAACUUGCUAAUAUUGCACAGCAAGAGAAGAUUUAAUGAUUCCACAUUUUUUUAACAUUGCAACUGCAUUAUUACCAAGGUUGUUAACUGAUAAAAUUUUCGAUUUUGGUUAUCGAUAACGAUAAAACGUAAUAUUAUUGUCAUCGUCAACGAUGGCGAUUUAGUUAAAUUUGUGUGAUCUGUAACAUAAAUUUUACUAAACAAAUGUUUUUUUUUUUUUGUAUUGUGUAGUAGUCAUUUUUCGACCUCAUUCCUUGGGAGGUGCGUACUACCUUAGGUAUUACUUGAGUAACUCCAAAAUACAAAUAUUGCAUUUUGGCGCUUACGUUAUUUUGCAUACAUUGUUACGGCAGCCUUUUGCUUGUUUAAAAAAAAAUGGUUAUUUAGAAAAUAGUUACUGUGUUUUGGUAAACAUUGCAGCGCUUUGUAAUAAAUCAAGACGAAUUUCGAGAAAAAAACACAGAUUUCAAACAAAAACACAGUUUUCAAACAAAUCAAAUCAACCAAACAACAAAGUUUGAGCUGUUUAGCAGAAUGCAUUACUGUGAAUACAAAGAGAAUAAUUGUUCCUUUUAAAUCCGCUAUAUAUUUUAAUAUCUUGGCAGAUACGUAUUUCGUUUACUAUUUGCCGACUUCAUCAGUGUUCUGUUCUCAUUGUUCUGUUCGUCUCUUGGUAUUCACAAAACAAUCAGAAUUUUGGAUCACAAAGCAGUGCUUACGCAAUUUAGACUUUUUUGUGAUAGGUGACAGAACACCCCAAUCAUCUUCACCACAACAACCUAAUUUUGACAUUCUGCUCUCGUUCGUUUCACACACGUUCGUCUCUCAUACAGUCAUUGACCUCCUUCUAGAAAUACAUUCGCUUAUAGAACGGUCGUUUGACAUUCAACCGAGAUUCAGAUCAUCUCUCCCCUGAUCGCAUUCAAAUGACUUCUGUCACCACGCAGCAAACACAAGGAAGAGAGAGACGAAAAACGAGAGAAAGAGCACGUUGUCUCCUUCGGGCGACUGCUUGAGUGGUGUUCAUUUUUCGUUCGUUUCGUCUUUGUAUUUACGUCCACCGACCGCUGUGCCAAGCAGUGACGAUCGGGAUAGGCGCUGUACGUGAGCGAUCCAGUUUCUUUUCCGGAAAUGAUCGCUGACAGAAAGUUCCUUUGUAUAUCAAUGAAACGGAUAUGUUGCAUAAUUUUUCUUUUUAGUGUGCUCUAUUUGUUAAAAUUUAGUAUUUUUUAAAGCUAAAAUUACAUCUGUGAAUGUCCUUCUUGACUUACCUUCUAAAGCAAAGAAUAUUGUAAAUAAAUUUUGAUAAGUUUAUAAGUUCAUGAAAAUAUUGCUGUUUACACAAGUUUAUUUUUUUAAGCUCAAUUUUUGUGUAGUUUUCUCGGCUGGAAAAUUGACAUAAUUGACAUGAUUUCAAAGUCCAAAAUCUUACAGAACGUGACGAGGAAUCUCCAGAAAUAAAUGAUUUUCAAAAUGAGCAGCUGUGUUUAAUCGAUAACAAUAAUAACGAUAAUGUAAUCGUUAUCGUCAAAGUCUCCUAAUAAAAUUAUCGUUAGCAACCUUGUAUAUUACACUCCAAAGGUAAUUUCAUAUAAGCUUGUGAUAUGUUCUCGACAUUCUACAAAACAAAAAUUGUUUGUUGACCACACACCUUUUCUCCUGGUCUCCAAUGCACCGAUACAUACCUUGAACGUAAACCCUGUUGAUUCCCUGUUUCAAGCAUUCAGAGCUUUACUGUAUAAAGUCUAAGUCUAUAAGUGAGGUAUAUUCGUUCGUUUUUAAUUGUAAUGUGUUCUAUAAUUCCUGUUUAUAAGCAAACGUAAAGAAAAACAAACAAAAACUCAGUUAAAUGCAAAAUAUUAGAACACUUUUUUCCUAUAGACAAGCGAGAUUGAAACAAUAAUUUACAACAAGGGCAGAAAGAUAUAUCUAAAACGUACCUACUGCAUUGAACUGCGGACGGGUUCUUAAAUUUCCAUAUACACAAAAAACAACACACACAAAAAAGUACUAACGUAAAAGAGAGCGAAAGAAAAAUCUAGUGAAACCUUCUUUCCUCAAAUAGCAGCUCCAGCAAAAAAAAAAUCCACAAAACUUCUCCUUUGAUACCAUUGAGCCCUGUUCCCCGCUGAAAAAAAACCCGAAAAUAAAACAAUCCUAUCCCCCUUAAAUGCCGUUAUUGAAAAACACUACAAAGUUUAAUCGAGAUGCAAUAAUUUUACAAAAAUCAAUAAAACAAAAAUGCGCAAAAUAUAAAGAAAGCAAAUCAUACAAGAGAUAAAAAAAAACAACACACAAAACAAUUGAAACGUGUAUAAUUGCAAAACCAAGUCAGAUGCAGUGGGAGCAGAGCCGCGUCGAGUCAGCAAAAAAGGAGUGAUAGUUAGUGAUGGAAAAGAAUAAAUUGUUUUUGAAACGA